UAACUGUCAAUUAUUUUAUUUUUCUAAAAUACUCUAUGGUAAUAGUUACACGAAGAUCACCGGCGAGGCAGCUACUCCGCGUCGCGUUCCAGUGGAUUCUCCUUAAAGUUGCCGAGCCACCAUUGCUCCUGCUUCUUCGGGCACGCGUAGUUCGUCAUGGCGUGAGGACCCACCUGAGCGCGGCACAUUGGGCAGUGGUACUGGAACAGAAGCCACUCGAAGAUGCAUUCGCGGUGGAACGAGUGCUUACACGGAAGGGUUACCAGACCCUGUGGACCCUCCGCGUGUGCGUGAUCCUCAACGUCUUCUAGACAGAUCAUGCACUGCGGGUUCUCCACCGUAACGGCAGCACCCUUCUCCUCCGCGUCCAGCUCCAUCUGAGCCAGGUUUGACGUUGUGGCAGACUUCUUCAUCGAGCUUGUCUUCUUCAUGCCCAGGCUGGCAUGCUCCAGCGACGACAGGCCCGUGUGGCUAGCAGACUUCUUCAUGCCACCUUGGUGGUUGUCCACGUACACCUGCAGCAGCGAACGCUUGUCCGCGUCAUCCUUGAUGCCCAGGAACUCGAACAGGGCCGGCGGUAGAUGCUGCCGCGCGUGGAAGCACUUCAUCGUGCUCCCCGGAAGCAGCACCGAUCGCAGCAAAUGGAUCAGCACGUUCUUGAACUUUGUCUUGCGAUCCUCCACCAUGAACGACCACGUCGACAUGAUGCCCGCCUUCUUCGGGAAGCAUGCCUCGAUGAGAUCGCGUAGGGACUGGCACGAGCCCUGACACUUCUCGUCGUGGCACGUCCACACCUCCUCCACUUGGUUGCGGAACGCCAGGAACUCCGAGUAUCGGUACGACGCGUGCCAUCUGUUCUGUGUCGACACGCUCGACGUCGUGAUGUUAUACACAGCAUAGCCUUCCUCCUUCUUGAUCGCGCUCACAUCCAGGUGCAGCGGCAACUCACUGCCUGCACACUGGCGGAGCUCCUUCAUCGUGUACAUCUUCGAGUUCGGUCGCUUCGGGGCUCGCGGUGCCGGCUUCUCGUGCGGCUGCGGAACGAAAUACCCAUUCAUGACUGUUGGUUGCUUGGUUGAUGGUAAACUGGUUUCGACCUUGAUCUGACCAGUUGAUGGUAAAUUGCGGAAUGACAUUGGCUCUCGGCCGCGAACACAGCGAUGUAAAGUUUGAAACUUUUGAAAGCGGGACACUCCUCGCCCUGUCCACACACGCAAGAUUCGUCGCCGAGCAAGCAAGUGUCGCUUGGCCAGUCGACCCCGAAACAUGAGACAGGAACGGAUCGUCAUGAUCUGCACACCAAGCACCAAAGCAGUGACGCGCCGCCUGCCUUGCAUCCGCCAAUCAAUGCGAAGAGAGGUAAAUGCUGCGAAUAGCGAUUGGAUCCUCGUGGCGCGUCACGGUAGAUUCGCCAACAGCGAUAUACGUCCUGCGAUUUCGGCGAUCGCAAAUGGUUGCUCUGCUUGGGAUGCGCGAUCAAGUCGCUUGGCGCGGCACAGCCAAGUGCCACCACGUCGACGGCCAUCCUUCGUGUAGAUCAGGGUAGGCGUCGAAGUGCUUUUUUUUAGAGUCUUCGCGAGCGGCUACCAAAGAAUUGUAGCUUAAUCAAUGAAUGGGCGACGGCUUUGGUUUCCGACGGGUGAGAUCUGUUUAACUCUUCCGAACCACCAGACGCCGGUAUGGUCGUGUUGGAUGGCGUGCAUGCAUGCACGCACGCAAAAGUCAGUUUUUCGCCCGUGAUCAGGAAUCUCAGCGCCGGAUCGAAUACUCCCGACGUGCCAAGUCCAUGCACGUCAAGUGACUGGGCAAGAAUGCGCCGAGCGAGUCGAACCCAACUCCGCGUGCGCAAGAUAACGAACGCUCUGAUCUCGAGCGGACGUGGCGACGUGCGAGUGAUUCUCCUCUUCGGCAGACUUUCGUGGAAUGCUGGGCCACGCCAGCGUGGCGCGGUCAUGAGGGUACAUGUCGAGCAGCCUGCCGUCACAAGUCUGAAUCCCGUCGUAUUCAGCUGUGAGAGAAAAUGUGCAGACACAGUGGAUAUAUGACGCGAGGAGUUCGGCAGCGCCGAGGUUGUGAAAUAUGGUUGCUUUCUCCAGACCGGUGAUUGCUAUCUGGAUUUGGUUGUCAAACACAGGAAUCCGCGAGUGUUACGGCCUUAAUUUAACAUUUCGAAAACUGACAUGCGAAUCGCUUUGGGAGGAGAUGGACUGUUAAUCAAAACUGAAGUUGGCUUGACUAUGAGAGAUCCUUAAGAUACUUUUACGUCACCCGAAA